AUGUCCUCAAACGCAACACCAACCACAACAACCGCACCACCUCCAAACCCAACACCCACAACAACAACAACAACACAACCACCCCUCCCACCAGCCCAAACCUUCGACAUCCUCCCACCCCUCCACGCCCUGCUCUCACGCCUAGAACCCUCCCUCAAUGUCUAUACUCCUGACACUUCCGCCGCUCCACAAGCAAACAAUGCUGCCCACACCCCCGUCACCUCUGCCUCUGCACUCCCCAGCCCGGCGCCCCAGCAACUAGACUACAAAGAUGCGGCCGUAGCCGCGCAGUUCCUGAGGAGUAGGAUUAGAAAGGCGUUGGCUGAUUUGGGUGGGUUGGCGGAUAUGCACAGAGGUGUCGAGGAGCAAGAGGAAGAGAUUAAAGGACUAGAAGAUAAGAUUGAGAGACAGAGAGAAGUGUUGGCUAGGUUGGCGCGAUUGGCCGAGGAAAACAGUUGA